UUAUUAACCGCACCGUUCAUGGCGGAAUAUGCGUAGUUCUAUACGUGAAAACACAUAUCCCUGCCUUUGUUUUGUGUUUUUUAAAAUAUUGAACAGUACAGGCUACCUUUUGUCAGAAUAUUGUCCGUUGUAUGCGUGAACGGCACAUUGCGAACAGUUAGCUGCACUGAACUGCUAGCAGUCGGUUUAGCCCGAGAAGCGGCGUCUUUUUUAGAGGAGACAAUUAGGUUUGGUUUUUUUAAUUGUUUGCCAUUUUAUCCACAGUCGCGGGUAAUUUAACAGACUGUGAUAAUGGGAGGCAUCAAACAAGAGCAGAGCGAUUCAUCCCAACAGCCCAGAGCUUCACAUUCAGCAGAUCCACCACAAGAAGAGCCAAAGAAGAGAGGCUGGCCAAAAGGAAAGAAAAGAAAGAAGGUGCUACCAAAUGGCCCCAAAGCACCAGUUACAGGAUACGUCCGCUUCCUGAAUGAACGACGGGAACAUAUGAGGGCGCAGUAUCCUGACUUACCAUUCCCAGAAAUCACUAAGAGACUUGGAGCAGAGUGGACACGAUUGGCUAUAAAUGACAAACAGCGUUACCUGGAUGAGGCAGAGCGGGAGAAGAUGCAGUAUGCCCAGGAACUAAAGGAAUACCAGCAGACUGAGGCCUAUCACAUCACCAGUGCCAAAAUGCAUGACAAGAGGUUUAAGAAAGACUCUCCAUCAGUUUUCAUCAGAACUAGUUCAGAGUCAUCUCUACCAAAGGCUUCCGACAUCUCAAGAUUCGACAUCCCUAUUUUCACUGAAGAGUUCCUUGAUCAAAACAAAGCUCGAGAGGCUGAGUUGCGAAGGCUUCGUAAGGCCAAUAUUGAGUUUGAAGAGCAGAAUGCCGUGCUUCAGCGACACAUUAAGGACAUGUACAAUGCUAAAGAGCGCCUGGAGGCUGAACUGGGGCUGGAUGAAAAGCGGACCCAGGCUCUUCACCAACACUUGUUGGCUAUUAAACACACACUGGUCAACAGUCUGUCCACAGUCCCCCUGCCAGGCACAGGUGAGACAGCAUCUCUCGGGAACUUGGACUCAUAUCUGAGUCGUCUCAGUGGAGUCCUGGAGGGAAACCCUCACAAGCAUCGUGCCUUGCUCACACAGCUUUGUGAUGUCCUCUCUCAUCUGGACAGUGAGAAGUUAUAAGGCAGUUCAGCUGGAUACCCUUUCAUUCCUGCAUCAAAAGGACAUGACAAGCUCCAUGGUCUUAAGUCAUCAUUUAAAGCAUCUGGAUAUCUCAAGGAGAGCAAAGUCAAGAGUAGAAACUCCUCAUAACACCAGACACUCUAAACUACAUGCCUCUUUGGAUUAAUAUUUGUAUUUAGUUGACGGUGUAUUAUUUCUCCCAAGUUCUUGUGAAUAUAAAUCUGUGUGGCAGUGCUUUGCAUUUGUACAGUUAAAAAAUUUCUUAAAUGUAUUUCUAUCUUCUUAACUGCCUUUAUUAAGUGAACUGAACCUAACUUUAUUAUUUAGAAGAAGUUGUCUACAGGACAGUGAUCUGUCCAACAGGAAGAGCCUAAACAUGGUUUUAUGGUACAUGCCAGUUUACAUUUAGUGGGUGAGUCAUUUGUAUCGUGAUGUUUAGAAUACAUUAAAAAGUGAAAUGUAAAAUGAAAUGGUUGGAAAUAAAUGUUAUGCAGGAAAGCUUCA